AUGGAUCCUAAAAGUUUAAUUGAUGAUUUAAACGAUAUCUUAUUGAGCGAAUACUACUGUUUUAUUGAAAUUUUAGGGAGAGGGAGUUUUGGAAUUGUAAUUGCAGCCUAUAGUUCUAACUUAGAUAAGAUAGUAGCAAUAAAAGUAGAAAAUGUGUAAAUUUAAGGUUACUCCAUACUUUGAAUAGGAGAUAGAGUCGUGUCUCUUAUAAGAGUGUUUUCAUCCAAAUAUAGUGAAAUUGUAUAGAGUUUUAAAGGCGAACAACUACAUUUAUUUGAUAAUGGAAAAGCUGACAGGUUAGACUCUUGAUAUGAUAUUGAGAGAAAGAAAUAUUGAAGAAAUUGAGGUUAGAAACAUAAUGCAAUAAGUGCUAAAUGCAUUAGUAUUUAUUCAUCGUAAAGGAAUCAUUCAUAGAGACUUAAAACCAGGUAUACCAUUGAAAUUGAUCUAGAAAAUAUAUUUAUUUGUGCCAAUAACUUAGUGAAAUUGAUUGAUUUAGGCUUAGGCUAUUAAAUAGUGUGUCGAGGCAUUAUUGGUCAAUAAGUUGGCACUCCCUUUUACAUUGCUCCAGAAGUGAUAAAUGGUGGAGAGCAAACUUAAGCAAUUGAUAUAUUCUCGCUAGGAAUCAUCUAUUAUAUGAUGAUGUGCAAUAACAAGCACCCUAUUUGGCAGGAUGGAGUAACAAAAAAAGAGUAUUAUAAAAUUAUCUCUUAAGAUUUUAGUAUAACUUAUCCUUAUCAUUUAUCUGAGUAUAUAUAGUUUAUUUACAAUAGAAUGGCCUAGGAUUUUGUUAGAAAUACAGUCUGCCAUAAUGCUUUUGAUAGAAUGACUGCAGAACAAUGUCUUGAGCACCCGUGGAUGUUAGGAGAACAAUCAAAAUCACACCCAAUUACGAAUAGAGAGAUCAAAUUGAGAUAUUCAUUUUGCUAAAAAUUCUUAAUUGUAAUUAAAUCUAUAAUAUAAGAUCAUCAAAGCUUUGAAUGUUAUCAAAUAUAUGAGAGAUAGAUGCUAGGAAGAAAUGUAUUAUUUAAAGACUUAAGAAUCAGAUGAAAUUAACGAAAUAAUAUUAAAUCAUCAAAUACCCAUGACUUCUCGUGUUCAAACAGAAACAAAUAUAAAUUUGAACAAUCAUAGAAUAUAAAAUUUAAAAAAAAGCUUUACGCUUACGAAAACUACUUCUCAUUAAGAUUUUACUACAAUGAAGAAUAGAUAAUUGAAUAAAUAUAGUAAUGAUUAAUAUUAAUAUUAAGAUGCACCAAAUAGAUACUAAACCUAAUUGGACCUACAUUUAUCAAUUCCAAAAGUGAAUAGUUAGAAAAAAAUCCAUGUUCAUCUACCCUCUAUCUCACCACAAUAAACCAAACAGUCAAUAUUUAGUUUUAAGCAAUCAUGA